UGUCUAAGAAUCAAUACUCUAACACAUUUCUAUCCAUUCCAGAAAAAUCGAGUUUUAAUGACGAUUUAUUCCCAGAAAGGCUCGAGCAAGAUAUGAUCGAAUAUACUGAAAACUCGUCUGUCCAAGCAAAGGAUCUGUCAUCGUUAACCAAAGAUGUCAGAAAUUUAGAAGAGUCGUUUUCCAAGACAAAUGUAUCCCUAAUAAAGGUGGUCUUGGAAGACGAAGGACUUUUGCAAGUACCACCGAUAUAUCUUUCGCCAGGGCCGAAAUCAGUCACUUCCGUGCCUGCACUGGGAGAAUACACAGAUUCUUCGAAUGGCGAAUCGUUACAAACUACUCCCAUUAGAGGAGUUGAGAUGAUGAACCGUUCGGAUGUGUACGCUGUGUUUCGGUCACGCUACCCUGUGGAGCAGUGGAAGGCGAUGGGAUACUUCACCGAACACUAUCUGGAGCUGAUCAACCGCCAUUGGCUGCAGUUCCCGCCACCCUACCCCAGGUCGCACUACAUCCUGGCCGCGCUCUACACCAUCAUCAUGACUGUCGGCGUCACCGGCAACUUCCUCGUCAUCUUCAUGUUUUUGAGGUGCCGCUCUCUGCGCACUCCAGCCAACGUGCUGGUCAUGAAUUUAGCUCUGAGCGACUUCUUCCUGCUCGCCAAGAUGCCUGUCUUCAUAUUCAACUGUUUCUACUAUGGCCCAGCCCUCGGGGAGAUAGGUUGUGAGGUGUACGGGUUCCUAGGUGGACUGACUGGUACAGUGUCCAUCAUGACUCUUGCGGCCAUUGCUCUGGAUCGCUACUACGUCAUUGUCUACCCGUUGGACCCUCUCCGAAGGACCACUCGUCAACGAGCUAGACUAUGUGUGGCUUUUGUCUGGUGUUACGGAUGUACCUUCGCCAGCAUGCCACUUACUAACUAUGGUUUCUCCAGAUAUGUGCCAGAAGGAUACUUGACCAGCUGUAGUUUUGACUACCUCAACCAGUCAUUUCACAGUCGAGUUUUCAUCUUGGUGUUUUUCUUUGCCGCUUGGGUUGUACCCUUCAGUGUGAUCACUUUCUGCUACAUCAGGAUAUACCGAGUGGUCAUCAGCGGGUCCAGUGGAGCCUCAUCUCGGAGAGGCCAGGAGGAAGAGAAGAGGAAGACUGAGAUAAGACUAGCUGGAGUUAUAGUUGGUGUUAUUGGUUUGUGGUUUUUAUCUUGGACACCCUACGCCAUUGUGGCGCUUUUAGGUGUUUCUGGCAAUGCUCAUCUGCUCUCACCUUUAUCGUCUAUGAUACCAGCACUUUUUUGCAAAACAGCUAGCUGCAUAGAUCCUUACGUGUAUGCGGUUACUCAUCCAAGAUUUAGAAGAGAGUUCCGAAGAUUUUUCUGCAACAGGCAAAUCAGAAAGAGAUUUGAUGCGGGCAAGACUCAGUGUUGGAAAACAGAGAGUUCUCAAAUUCCUGGGAUGAUGAUUGGUAUUAGACAUCCGAGAGUAGAUUAUUCUCUGAGUGAAGAAGAUGUUGAAGAAAUGGUCGUUAUGGUAGACAACAACAGAUCUCAAAAGACAACUUACUUUCCUGCGUCUACCAUAGCUCCCGAGGAGCACAACCUCUGUGAGAUAACUUUUCCUCCAGAUUCACGGACCAGUGAAAUACUCCAGCAUCCAUCGUGGUUCAUGCCUCCACAACCACGCAGAGAUCGAUCGACUAGUUUGAAACUCACAAGUAAGGUGUCUAAAAAUAUGUGUUCUGAUCCCACUUCAGUAUAGAAGGUAUGUAGCUAGGACAAUGAACAGGUUACCAUUUUAUGUAAAGAGUGGUGACAAAACAAAAUCAAAAUUAAUGUAAACAUGGUGGAAUGUUAUGGUGGAAAGUUAUGGAUCAUUUUAACAGAAAGGUUUAUACUGGAAAGUAAAAGGGACAUAUAAUCUAGU